AUGGAUGCUACAAUCCAAGAAAGAAAUUUGGCCCUUUCUCAAAAGAAGGUUGCUCUAGCCAAGCAAGAUGUAGCGAUCCUACAGCGAGAUUCUGCAAUAGUGGAACGUGAUAAUGCCAUAAUGGAACGAGACAAUGCUAUUGCUACUCUUCAAUAUCGUGAAAAUGAAAUGAAUAGAGCACCCAAGCCCACAAAGUCCUGUAGUACAAAAUGCACAAAUAAGGCAAAGGCAAUAACAUCUACUAGGAAGACUACAAAAUCAUCGAAGAAAAUGAAACAGGAAAGUGAGGGCACUGACAAAACAUUGUUUAGAAAUUCACAAGGUAAAAGUGGACUCGAUAUUGGUAUUUACGAACUUAAUAGGCAACUCAGAGAGGAAAAGCCAGAUUGGAAGGAUCAAGACCUUGGACUCAACCAUGUUGCAUUUGACGAGCAGUAA